AUGCGGGCGCGCGUCGUCGCGGUCGCGCUCGUACGAGCAGCGCACGCGCUGCGCUGCUCCACGCCGCGCUGCGCGCUGCGCUGCUCCACGCCGCGCUGGAACGCCUACACGACCACGCGCUGGGCGAGCACGCCCGACGACGACCACGAGGCGUUCUGGCGCAGCAUGAACACGCAGGACGAGGAGGCGGCGCUGCCGCCGCCGCCGAAGCCCGCGCCGAAGCCCGCGGACGCGAACCGGCGCCUCCACGACGCGGCGCGCGCGUACAACAGCGUCUCGCAAUGGUCGCCCGGCGGCGGCGACGACACCUGGAGCCCCGCGGACGGCGACGUCUACUUCGUGCCCGAGCGCGUCGAGCAGGCGCCGGAGCGCGUCGAGCAGGCGCCGCCGGAGCGCGUCGAGGCGCCGCCGGCGGCGCACGCGAAGCCGAGGCCGCGGAGGCGGACGCUCUACGACGAGCUGUUUUGCGCGCCGGGCGCGCCGACCGCCGCGCUCCGCGCGGGGUUCAAAAAAGCGGCGAAGCUGCACCACCCGGACGCCGAGGGCCGCGACGAGGCGCGUUUCGCCGCCGCGUCGCGCGCGUGGCACGUGCUGCGGGACGCGGAGAGGCGCACGCGGUACGACGCGGAGCUUGGGUUGACCGACGGGUGA